UUUGGCCUGUACUGUAGCUCUGUCUGCUUCUUGUCCCUCUCCUGGACUCAGAUUACAUUUUAUGAGGACAGGAACUUCCAGGGCCGCUCCUAUGAGUGCGACAUCGACUGCCCUGACAUGCACCCCCACUUCAGCCGCUGCAACUCCAUCAAAGUGGAGAGCGGUUGCUGGGUGCUGUACGAGAAGCCCAAUUACACGGGCUACCAGUACGUCCUGACCAGAGGAGAGUACCCCGACUACCAGCGCUGGAUGGGCUACAACGACACCAUCCGCUCAUGUCGCACCUUCAACUAUGUGAUGCACAGUUUAUAUUUGACUCCCGUGUCCCUGCAGACCAGCGAGGGCCCCUACCGCAUGCGCAUCUAUGAGCGUCCCAACUUCCAGGGUCAGAUGAUGGAGUUCGGCGACGACUGCGAGUCCGUUCAAGAUCAUUUCCGCAGCCGCGACAUCUACUCCUGCAACGUCAUGGACGGCUACUGGACCCUGUACGAGCACCCCAGCUACCGCGGCCGCCAGUACUUCAUGAGGCCCGGAGAGUACCGCAAGUUCAGCGACUGGGGGGCCACCUGCGCCACCACCGGCUCGUUCCGCAGAAUCACAGAUUUUUAAUCUCUCGAGGUGUGGGAUGUUUCAUUUGGCUACGGAAAAAAGAUCGACCAGACAUGUCACCAUAUUUCAAAUAAAUUAAUCUACUGUAUAUCAUUUCUCUCUGCUUGUGAAUAAAUAUUUUGGUUUUGAAUGAUUUAACUAAGCAGCUCAUUAGAUAAGAUUUUAGAUUAUACUUUAUUGAUCGUACAACGGAGAAAUUCACUCGUCACAGCAGCAAAA